AUGAUCUCCAAAGUAGCAACCAGACAGUUGUUUAAGCCAUUGACUGUGUUUGGUUUUGGUCCACAGCAACAGAAGAACCUGGAGGGCUAUGUGGGCUUCGCAAAUCUCCCCAACCAAGUUUACAGAAAGUCUGUGAAACGAGGCUUUGAGUUCACGCUCAUGGUUGUGGGGGAGUCGGGUCUUGGGAAAUCUACACUCAUCAACUCCCUGUUUCUCACAGACCUGUAUUCUGCAGAGUACCCUGGACCUUCUCACAGAAUUAAGAAGACUGUGCAGGUGGAGCAGUCAAAGGUGUUGGUAAAGGAGGGCGGAGUGCAGUUGUUGCUGACCAUCGUGGACACACCUGGGUUCGGGGAUGCUGUAGACAACAGUAACUGCUGGCAGCCGGUGAUCGAUCACAUUGAUAGUAAGUUUGAGGAUUACCUCAAUGCAGAGUCGCGAGUCAACAGACGACAGAUGCCCGACAAUAGAGUUCACUGCUGCCUGUACUUCAUUGCUCCCUCUGGACACGGACUGAAGCCACUGGAUAUUGAGUUUAUGAAACGGUUACAUGAAAAAGUGAACAUCAUUCCACUCAUUGCCAAAGCUGACACAAUGACUCCAGAGGAAUGCCAACAGUUCAAGAAGCAGAUAAUGCGAGAAAUCCAGGAGCAUAAAAUCAAAACCUAUGAAUUCCCAGAAACUGACGAUGAGGAGGAGAAUAAAAUAGUGAAGAAGAUAAAGGAUCGGCUUCCCCUGGCAGUUGUUGGCAGUAAUACCAUUAUAGAAGUGAAUGGAAAGCGUGUGAGAGGAAGACAGUACCCUUGGGGUGUGGCUGAAGUUGAGAAUGGAGAGCACUGUGAUUUCACAAUCCUACGAAACAUGCUCAUCAGAACUCACAUGCAGGACCUGAAGGAUGUGACUAAUAACGUCCACUACGAGAAUUACCGCAGCAGGAAGCUUGCUGCAGUCACCUACAACGGUGCUGACAACAACAAGAACAAGGGCCAGCUAACCAAAGUUGACACAGUUGAAGGCAUGAGUCCUCUGGCGCAGAUGGAGGAGGAGAGGAGAGAUCACGUGGCUAAGAUGAAGAAGAUGGAAAUGGAGAUGGAGCAGGUGUUUGAGAUGAAGGUCAAGGAGAAGCUCCAGAAACUGAAAGACUCUGAGGCAGAGUUGCAGAGACGUCAUGAGCAGAUGAAGAAGAACCUGGAGGCGCAGCAUAAGGAGCUAGAGGAGAAGAGGAGGCAGUUUGAGGAGGAGAAAAACAACUGGGAGGUCCAGCAGCGACUGGUGGAGCAGCAGAAACUCGAUGCCUCCAGGACCUUGGAAAAAAACAAGAAGAAGAAGAUAUUUUAAAGUGUUUGGACCACCACCACGUACUAGUUGCCAAUAAAGCCAGCCUGGACUGUCUGUCAGUUGACCAAAAAGAAAAAUACUGCCUCUUUGUUUUUACCCUGGCGUCUGUUUGUCUGCGUGUCUGUCUGUCUCUUUAAGGCGGUAAGAGGAAGAGGGGGCGUCCUGUUAAAGUUUUUCAGAUUAAACUCAGCCUUGUCUGAAAUGAUUUGAUAUUACAUUGACUUUAUCUACCCUGGAAGAGCCUAAUAGCUGUGCACUAACGUCUCUCCGGACCCCGAGCUUGCGCAAUCAUUUUCUAUGAUUUCUAAUUUAUAAAGUGCCCAUGAUUCAGCUACAGAUGAACACACACUGGUGUAACCAAAGCCAUAAAUCCAUAUAGGGAAGUGAACAGUUCCUAAAAAAUGUGUUUACUAUUGUUUAGAUGCCCCAUAAGUGUGUUUUGUUUGUGUGUGAGACCCACUUGUUUUAUAAUUCUGAAGGUGCCCUUCUCCUCCAAUACUGACAGACCGCAACCUAAACCUAAAGGCUGAAGUACACCUCAGGCGAUUCAUUCGUUGAUUUUUUUUUUUUCUUUCUUAAUUGUUAAGCUCUUCAGUUUGUGUAAUUUAAGUUAUCUAGCCUUGGACCGCAUUGUAUAACUUUUUUUUGUUUGUUUCAUUCUUUUUCAUUCACUUUUGUUUUUGAUUUUUGUCUGUUUUUCAUCUUCGUAUAUAUUGGCCCUGCUACAGUACUUUUGUUUGUUGUUUACGGAGACACUGUGUGUUAAAGUGGUAGCGUAGCCAUUCACAGAGCCUUUAUAAAUGUCAUAAUGUGGCCUAGAAGGUUCUGUUAAUUAAUAUGUAAACCUCUUUUAACAGCAUUAGAAUGAAUGAAAUAUUGUUAUAUUUUUUAUUAUAGACCACAUGUAACAUCAUUUGUGCUGGUAUGAUAUUGGGUAGAACCUGUUUUUGAAAGUGCAGCUGUGCUUUUAGAUGGAUUUAUGCAAAAUAUUUUGUAUAACAGAGGAAAAGGCAGAAGAAACUGUGUGCAUAUUUGGUUAUUUUGUGUGAGGGGAAUUACUUUUCUUUUUUUUUUUCUUUUUUUCCUCCCCAAUUAUGACUCAUUUAUAAGCACGCACCUGUCUCACAAUCGCUGCCACCUACAGUGUCUCCUUCUCUUAAUUGUAUGUUAAAUGCGUGGUGAGCUGCUUUUAUUGCUGUUACUUUAAUGCCUAAAUCAGAACUCGCUGCCACCUGGUUAACUCUUUUUUUUUUUUUUUUUUUUUUUUUUUUUUUUUUUUUUUUGGUACUACAUCCACAGAAAAUUUAAAAUAGCAUUGAUCAAUCCUUCAAAUCUCAGCCAGUUCUCCCAUGUUCUCUCCUGUAACUCACUGCCAGGUGGUGGCGCUGCUGCUUUAGCUGUUUCUGAUUGGGCUUUUAGUAACAGCUCUGUUCUGUUCUGUUGGAGCUCACACUCUGAGCUGGUCAUGUUCCGAAACAGCUACAUUUAGCUUUUGGUUAUUUACAGCAUCCAUAUUUUAUAUUUGUCUUCAUUUUCUUUCCUUUUAUUGUCAUUUUUAUUGUACAAAGUCACGUAAUAAAACUGUGAUGAUACCACUUCA